AACUUUUUAUUAGUACUGACAUUAAAAACUCACACCAUGCGGCUACCAACGCUCAGUGCAUUCUCGGCUUUUCGCCAAAUACUAGUCCAACAAGUUCAAAACACAAACGGUGGCGGCGCAUCUCUUCUACUGCAACAAUAUCGACUGAAGCAUAGUGGCUCCAAUAGAAUGGUUUCCCCAGCGCCUUUCACAAAAGAUUUCUUCUUCCGCCAGCUCUUCGACGAGGCCACCUGGACCUACAGUUAUCUACUCGCCGAUGUGAACACAAAAGAAGCGGUCAUUAUUGAUCCAGUGUUGGAAAAGGCGAAACGUGAUGCAAAUCUAGUUAAGGAGCUGGGUUUUACGCUUAAAUAUGCAAUGAACACCCACAUGCAUGCAGAUCAUAUCACUGGCACCGGUUGGCUCAAGCAAUUGUUACCCGGCAGCAAAUCGGUGAUUGCCAAAGCGAGUGGUGCCAAGGCCGACAUCCACCUGGACGAAGGUGAUCCGGUGACUUUUGGUCGACAUCGCAUCGAUACAUUGGCCACACCUGGUCACACCAAUGGUUGUAUGUCGUAUGUGAUACAUGAACAGGAUUGCAUUUUCACCGGUGACACGGUGUUGAUACGUGGUUGUGGACGCACUGAUUUCCAAGAAGGUGAUGCCGGGCAUCUCUAUGAUAAUGUGCAUAAUAAAAUAUUUACGCUACCCGACAAUUUCCGCAUCUAUCCAGCGCAUGAUUACAAAGGCACAAUGGAGAGCAGCGUUUGGGAAGAGAAAACAUAUAAUCCACGCUUGACGAAGACAAGGCAGCAAUUUAUUGAUAUCAUGAAUAAUUUGAAUUUGCCUUAUCCAAAGAAGAUUGAUGUUUCGCUACCGGCUAAUCGCGAAUGUGGUGUCCAUGAUAUUCCAGAUAAAUAAUGUUGAUUGGCUUUUGUUAUGCGAAAAAAAAAAUAAAGCAACGCUCAAAUAUGGUUUCAAAUGGCAUAGAAAGCACCCAAACUAGCGAGUCAUGGAGGGCUAAAGUAUUUUGAAGGCUACUGCUGUUAGCUGUACAGCAAAUUCUUUUUAAACGUUUCCUAAAUAUGUAGAAUUAAUCAAAAGACAUUGUAAAAAAA